ACGCAGUCAGUCUUCACAUUUAGUGCGUGACACAUGUAUCUAGACAGUACGUUGGAAUUAUAAAAUACCAUCCGCUGAUUGUGAAAAUUGAAUUUCUAUUUUUGACAAAAACCUAGAGACAAUAAAAAAAUUAAUAAAUUGCAUUUAUGUGCAGCUUUAUCUGUUUAUAGUGUAAUUAUUUUCAAUUGAUAUUUUUCUACAUUUUUUUUCAAGUAAUGUAGAAACUGUUCAUCAUCUUAAUAAAAACUAUAUUGGAAAAACAUUACAGUUCUCUUUUCGCGUAAUCAAUCGGAAAAUAAGUGUGAUGGAACUCUCUACUCUAGUUCUGAUUAUUAUCACGGCAUGUAUCUGUCUAUAUUAUUUUAUCCUGAGCAAGAUGUCUCAUUUCAAGCGACUAAAGAUUCCACACGUGCGGCCAACUCCAUUAUUAGGCCACCUGGCACCCCUCAUUUUCCGACGUUUGACUUUUGAAGAAAACAUUCGCAAAAUAUACAAUCUGUGCCCCGAUGUGAAAUAUUUUGGUUUCUACGAGUUUAUGUCGCCAGUCUACGUGAUUCGUGACCCGGAAUUGAUCACUGCAAUUGCCAUCAAAAACUUUGACAGUUUCUGCGAUCACAAUGAUUUUUUUAAAGAAUCCGAACCGAUACUCAGUAGGAAUCUAUUCAGCAUAAAAGGCGAUCAUUGGCGUGAGAUGCGGAAACUACUCAGUCCUACUUUCACAUCCGGAAAAAUAAAAAUAAUGUUCAAGUUGAUGUGCGAAUGUGCGGAGAACCUUACCAACUUCCUGGCACACGAUUCUGGAAAUAUCGGCAAAGCAUACGAUAUGAAAAAUGUGCUGAACAGAUAUGCCAACGACGUAGUGGCCACGUGUGCUUUCGGCAUAAGCGUGGAUUCAUUCAAACAUCCGAACAACGAUUUCCUUCUUCUCGCCAAGGAAGCCACAAAUUUCACUAAAAAUCCUUUCAAAUUCUUAAUUAUUAGAAAUUUUCCGCUACUCGGGCGACUUCUCGGAUUGAAAAUAUUUAGCUCAAAACUAACAAGUUUCUUCAAGGAGGUUAUUGCUGAUACAGUGAAGACUAGGGAUGAGCAGAAAAUUAUUCGUCCAGACAUGAUUCAUCUGAUGAUGGAGAAAAGAGAUAAUGAUCACGGUCUUACGAUGGACAUCGAUGAGAUGACCGCUCAGGCGUUCGUCUUUCUCGUCGCUGGAUUAACUUCAGUAUCAGCAGCCAUGUGUUUUCUAACAUAUGAAGUCGGAAUCAAUUUUGAUGUUCAGAACAAAUUGAGGGCCGAGAUUGACGAUAUUGUUGCUCAGACCAACGGCAAGCCCACUUACGAAGCCAUCAGCCAAAUGAAGUACUUGGAUGCUGUGAUAAAUGAGACCCUUAGAUUGUAUCCAAUGGGAGCUUUCCUCGACAGAAUGUGCGUUAAAGAGUUUGAAUUACCACCAGCGACUCCGGAUGGCGAACCGAUCACGCUGAAGCCCGGAGACAGCAUUUGGUUUCCGAAUUACGCUCUGCAUCGCGAUCCCAAAUAUUAUUCUCAGCCGGACAAGUUCGAUCCCGAUAGAUUCUUGAACGGUGAAGUAGACAAUUCGGUCUACAUGCCAUUUGGUAUUGGGCCCAGAAUUUGCAUAGCUAAUAGAUUUGCUCUGAUAAAACUGAAGAUUGUGUUAUUUUAUCUGCUAUGGCGUUACAAUCUCGAGCCCGAUACUAAGACUAAGAUUCCCAUGGUAUUCAGUAAAAAAGCUUUUAUGAUGGAGCCGGUCGGCGGUUUCUGGUUAAAAUUGCGAGUGAGAAAAUCGAAGGUGUCCUUAUCGAAUGAAAAUAUAUCCGAAGAUUAACUAUAUUUGUGACUCAAUUCAAGCAUGAAAUUGUAUUUAAAGUAUACUUCUUAAAUUAGUGAAUCCAAAUAAUAUACAUAGUUUUUUCUCGUUCAAACAUUUAAUAUAGAAAGAUUCAAUAUCGCAAAAAAUUUAUUUUUAUUUUAAACACUAAAAAUAAAUACUUCUACAAAAUAUUUCGGUUGUAGUACUAUCAAAUUUGACAUAUACAGUGUUAAUUUUAUUUGUAAACAAAUCAUGCACGCUUGCGUUUUAGAAAUAAUAUUAUUAGAAUAUUAGAUAUUAAGUAUUAAUUAGGUGUAAAUUAUAUAUUUGUAUAGUAUUCAAUAUUCUAAAAAUUAAAGUUUAUAAUAAAUUCUUAAAUUAAUAUCAGCUAUAUAAAGUUUAGAUAAAUUGUAAUUUUUUGAAAAAGAUUUGGGAUACAUUACAAUAUUGUGCAGAAUACUUUGUGUGAAAUAAAUAAGUUAACGUUUCAUUCUAGUUGCUUUGAAAUAGAUCAAACAGCAAUCCACUAAUAAUUAUUCCAUUUAAUAUUUGAUUAUAUGGAUGGUUGCAUGCUGUUUCUAUAGUAUUUAGAACAAGAAUCGCACAUUUUUUAAUUUAAUUUGUGCUAUAAAUGAAAAUAUAAAUUAACAACUAUAGAAGCUGCUCAAAAUGUUUAAAAAAAUAACUAAUACUUCAAAAUUGCGAUUCGAGAUGAGAGCUUAAAUCGUUAUGGUAGUAUAUUAGUACGAUAUUGUUUCAGCUAUUUGUAAGAAAAAAUAUUUAUAAAAACUAAAAAUUUAAUUAAAAAUUAAAUGAAAGUCAAAGGUUAAAAAUUUCAGUAUAAAAGCAUUUUUCUUUUACUUGCCUCUUUUAUCUCUCAUAAAUGUGUUAAGUACUGCAUUUAAUGCAUUUAUGUCUUCUUUGAAUAUGGUAUUUAGAAUUAUAAAAUAAAGAGUCUUAUUUUGUUAUUGGUUUCAAAACUAUACGUGAUAAAGAGAUUACAUAAUUUUUUAUAUUAUUGUUAAUGUACACACACAUAAGAUAUAAGUCAUAUACACAUUCUCUUAAUAAAUAAAUAAGCGUAUUUAAUAACAUGAUAUAAACAAUUACACGCGACAUUAUUAAAAGGUACAUUUUAUGUUUUAUUACAUAAUAAGUAAAAAGUGUUAUAAAACGUAUAUUGUAAAUAUUUAAAUAUUCGAUGGAAGACCCUUUCUUGAUUGUCACAUAGAAGUUUGAUUAUGGUACUGUAUCUAUGAAACUAUAGAUAUUGUAAAUAUUUAUUAUCUACUAUUAUUAUCUACUAUAUUAUAACAGCAAUAAAACUGCACAAAUCUAAAAUAUAUUAUAAAAAAAAGCUUUUAUAUAAA